AUGUUGCUACCCAUGUUUGUGUUUGCCACGCCUAUGUUGAAGUUCAUAGGACAACCUGUUGAGGUUGCGGAGCAAGCGGGGUUGGUUGCGAUUUGGUUGAUUCUGUUUCAUUUGAGUUUUCCAUUUCAAUUCACUUUACAAAGGUUCUUGCAGUGUCAAUUGAAAACUGCGAUUCUAGCUUGGGUUUUAGAACGAGUUAUAUUAGUGUUUGACGCAAGAACGAGUUAUAUGAAGCCAAAUCUUCAUGUUACUAUAAACUGUGAUGCAGUAGAGUUUGAUUAUGUCGAUGCAAUAGCAGAAAAUUUGGUAGUUAGCAUUGACAUAAUCAGAAGAAUCACAAACAUGAUCAAUAUAAAGUGA